AUGGAAAUGCCAACAAUGGACUGGAGGGAUGAAAUGUUUCAAAUGCUGGUUGCUUUUGAACGUCAGGCCAUUCAUUCGUUGGGAAACAUAAAAUUGGCAUUAACGCUCAGCGGCAAGUCAAUCAAUCCCAAUUUCAAACAGUACUUCUUACAAGUCUCUAAUGCUCGGUUGGAAGAAGCUUACCAAUACUUUGAAAACAGCUCACAGAUUGAGAACAGAGUAUUUAACCACAACGCUAUAGAUUUGUUCGGUGCAACAAGUUCCAAUCCGAAUGAAAGUGGAAGUCAAGCGGAAACCAAAGAAUUCAUUCGGAAGAUCGAUUGCAUUGAAAUUGAUGACUCAAGUGAUGAAGAAGGCAUCAGCAGAGUGCCAAGUAGGCUGGAAAGUACUUCGGUUGAAUCUGUUCGCAAUUUUACAACACAGCGACCCAUAACGGCUACUAUUAUGGGUGGUCGAUUGGACCAAUAUGAGAGUACUGGCACUUCGGCUAAUAAUUAUGGUGAAAUUCGUAUUGGUUCGACUAUAAUAAGAGAGCGUACGAUUAUUCCAGAGAGCGGUUCAUUCAAUAGAAAUCACCAAUAUGGAUACAAUGACUUUACGGAUGCAAGUGAAGAUAAGUUUAUCAUCCCAGCGAUUAUUGAAAACCAAGAUACGAGAUUUCAUAACGAAAGUCGCACGAAUGAUGUUCAAGAUGGAAGUGCUGUUGUGAACAGACGUACUUCCACCGUCACAUCUAACAAGCGUCCAAAAGUUGUCGAUGGCACCGAAAUCAACAUGACACGAAAAUCAUCAGCAGAAGGUGCAUCGCGUUCGACUAAAAAGUCAAUUCCAUCAAACCACUUGGUGACGAAGAAGCGAUUCCAGUGCAAAUUUU